AUGAGUUCCGGGUCGGCGGUGACAGGCGGUGGUGCGGAGGAGGCGGCGGCGGUGCCGCUGGGGCAGAAGCUGAUGGUGCACGUGGCGGAGAACGGCAACACCUUGGAGUUCCAGUGCGGCGGCGACACGCUCGUUGACGCCAUCCAGCACUCCAUCCAGGUCCACUGCGGCGUACCGCCCAGCGACCAGCUCCUCCUCUGCGGCAACACCUCCCUCGACGGCGCCAACGGGCACGCGCUCGCCUACUACAAGCUUCCGCGCGACGACCGUGAGGUCUUCCUCUACAACAAGGCCCGGCUCCUCGCGGACUCCCGGACCCCGGCGCCGGAGUCCCUCUACAUCCCUGAGCCAAAUAUUCCACCACCGCCCCGGCCGCAGGACUCACCACCUGUGGAUGCAGCUGCAGACCCGGCGCUGAAGGCGCUGGUAUCUUAUGAAACAAGGUUCAGAUAUCACUUCCAGGUCGCCAAUGCGGUGUACCAAUCUAGCUUGGCAAAAUUUGAGCUGUGCCGGCGGCUUCUGCGGGAGGGGCAGGUGCAGGAGCGAGCGCUGGACACAGCACGGAGCAACCUAGAGCACACAUUCCGGAAGCUCUCGCAGCGGUAUUCAGAAUUUUUGCGGUGCUUCACGCAGCAGCACCGUUCACAUGUUGAAAUGCUGGCAAAUUUCGAGAGAGAUGUGCAGAAGCUGCGUGCUAUUAGGCUGCACCCAGCACUGCAAAGUGAGGGGACGCAUUGCUUGAUGGACCUUCUCAAGGAGAAUGACCUGAGGAAAUUGGCUGACGGAUGCUUGAGCUCACAUAAGAAGUUUGAGGUCAAGGUGUCACAGCUGAAGGCAAACUUCUUGGAGCUGAAGAAGAGGGUGGAAGGCUUAUUCAAUGCCAUGAGCUCAGGUGGGUGCAAGGAUGUUGAGAAGCUUAUAAAGGAGCAUCAGGGAGUCAUUGGUGACCAGAAGAUCAUCAUGCAAGCUCUAAGUAAAGAUGUGUACACCUCAAAGAAGCUUGUUGAUGACUGCUCAAGUUGCCAGCUAUCUGCUUCUCUCCGUCCUCAUGAUGCAGUCUCAGCCGUUGGCCGUAUCUAUGAAGUACAUGAAAAGGAUAACUUGCCCAGUAUACAGAAUUUUGAUCACAGGCUUACAAAAUUGCUUGAGAAAUGCAAGGACAAGAAGAAUGAAAUGAAUACUUUGGUCCAUGUUUGCAUGCAAAGAGUAAAAUCUUCUCAGAUUAGCAUCAAAGGCAUGAUGAGUGAACUCAUUGCAUUCCAAGAGGUGAUGGGCCAUCAAGAAGAUUUUGAUAAUCUGAAAAUAGUCAGUGGCUUGGAUCAUGCAUAUAGAGCUUGUAUUGCCGAGGUAGCCAGGAGGAAAUCGUAUUUUAAGCUGUAUACUGGAUUGGCUGGAACAUAUGCCGAAAAGUUGGCAACCGAGUGUCAAAACGAGAAAACAAGACGAGAGGAUUUCCAUAGGACAUGGAGCAGGUACAUUCCAGAUGAUGUCAUGUGUUCCAUGGGACUCUUUGAUUCUCCAAGCCAGUGUGAUGUAAAAGUUGCUCCUUUUGAUCGUGAUCUUCUUCCCAUUGAUGUUGAUGAUGUGGAAAAGCUUGCUCCCCAGUCUAUACUGGGGUCUUUUCUGAAAUCUGAGAGAUCACAGCUAGCAAAGCCUUUGCUAAGCAAUUCUAGUACCAGUGGAAAUUUGAACAAAUCUGAGCAAAAUCCUCUGAGCGCUGAUGAUAAGAUGGAUUUCCAAGAUUUUCUGGGGGGUUAUGAUUCUAUUGACAUUGCAGGAACUAGUAAGUUAGAAGUGGAAAAUGCCAGGUUAAAAGCAGAACUUGCUUCUGCAAUUGCAAUUCUCUGCACUGUCAGUGCUGAAUAUGGAUAUGAGUCUAUUGACGAAGGACAAAUUGAUGCUGUAUUGAAAAAAGCAAGGGAAAAAACAGCUGAGGCACUUGCUGCAAAGGAUGAGUUUGCUUACCAGCUUCAGUCAUUGCUCACUGCAAAGCAGGAAAAAUGCUUGGCAUAUGAGAAGCGGAUCCAGGAUCUUGAGGAACGCUUAGCCAACCAGUACAUGCAAGGUCACAUGGUGUCAGGAAGCAAAGGCACGUCUGAUUCCCUGCUUUCUGCAUUUAAAAGUAAUGACUGCAACCUGGAUGUAUCUGGAGGCAGGCAAACCCAAAUACGCGAUGAAUCAAGUGUGGCCAUGGAUGAGGCCUCUUCAACAUCUGAAGAGCCAUCUAAACAAACAGAAGGUGGCGAUGAGAAUAUGACUGACAUUUCAGGUGCACUGAACUUGCAGUUGCUCGAUUCAGCAGCAUGUACUAAUCUGGAUGCUUUCAUGACAGAAUUGCCACGUGAUAAUGAACAUAAGAUCGUAAACAUUGAUAAGGAAGGGUACAUGUUGACACAACUUACUAUGGCUGACACUUCUGAUGUUCCUAUAGAAGAUCCUCUUAGCAUCUUAAACUCAAGAACUAAUGAGCAUCAUGCCUUAGAGUUGAGGAAUAAGGAGCUUCUUGUGUCAGAGCUGCAAAAUACCCUAGAUCAAAAAUCAAAGCAGUUGGGUGAAACUGAAAUUAAACUUAGUGCUAUGAUGGAUGAGGUUAACUCCCUGAAUAAAGAACUUGAACAAACCCGGGGUCUUCUUGAUGAAUCUCAGAUGAAUUGUGCACACCUUGAAAACUGUUUACAUGAAGCAAGAGAAGAGGCCCGAACAAACAAAUGUUCAGCUGACAGAAGGGCUGUUGAGUAUGAUGCUCUGCGGUCGUCUGCUUUGAGGAUACAUGGUUUGUUCGAAAGGCUAAAUAAUUGUGUCACUGCACCAGGCGUGACUGGCUUUGCAGAGUCACUGCGUUCUUUGGCUAUCUCCUUGGCAAGCUCUGUAAAGAAGGAUGAAGCUGAUACCACUGUUCAGUUUCAACAAUGCAUCAAGAUCCUGGCGGACAAAGUUUAUUUACUGACACGACAGAGUGCUGAGCUGCAAGAACGCUAUUCAGCUAUGCAGGCAGUACAUGGAGGUAUCACAAAAGGGUUGGAUGAGAAGAAAGAGCUGAUUAAGAAUCUCUACAAUAAACUUCAACUAGAAAAACAGGCCAGCAAGGAGAAGAUAUCAUUUGGUCGGUUCGAAGUCCAUGAGCUUGCUGUCUUUUUCCGAAACCCUGCUGGGCACUACGAGGCGAUCAACCGGAACUGCUCAAACUACUACCUGUCUGAGGAAUCUGUCGCCUUGUUCACCGAGCACCACCCGCAGCACCCAGCUUAUAUAAUCGGACAGAUCGUUCACAUUGAGCGGCGCAUAGUGCACCCAGGCCAGAUGGGAGGAGCUCCACGCCCUAAUAGCAGUGGUGGCCGUCGGUCGCCCGCAUCCAUGCCCAACCCCUACAACCUACCUGGGGGCUGUGAGUACUUCGUGGUGACUGUUGCCAUGCUGCCUGAUGCUGCCCGUUGA